AGGAUGAGGAAUGUCCCAGGAUAUAAAAGUGCUCCUGACCGGCGGCCCUGGAGCUGCCUCUGCUGACUCGUUCUCCUCGCUGACUGGGUUGGAUCGGGAACGAUGUCCUCCUAUGGCCAACUGCUCAGCGCCCGCUGUGCUUCGCCCUGCGAGGUGACGUGCGCCCAGCCCUACGUCGACGCCUGCAGCGAGCCUUGCGUCGCCGCCUGCGGGGACUCCCGAGCCAUCGUCUACGCCCCGCCAGUGGUCGUGACAUUCCCGGGGCCCAUCAUCAGCUCCUGCCCCACCGAGAGCAUCGUUGGGUCGUCCAUCCCUGAAAUCGGCGGGGGAAUGGGGUCCGGAGGGGGUGGGAUGGGGUCUGGAGGAGGGAUGGGGUCUGGAGGAGGUGGGAUGGGGUCUGGAGGAGGUGGGAUGGGAUCGGGAUGGGGCUCUGGAGGGGGAGGAAUGGGAUCCGGAGGGGGAGGAAUGGGCUCCUCCUGUGGGGGGGGAAUGGGAGGGGGCUCCUCCUGCGGGGGGGGAAUGGGAGGGGGCUCCUCCUGCGGGGGGGGGAUGUCACGGCUGGGGAGCCUCUACCGCGGCUCCUAUUUCUCAGGCUACGGUAGGAAUUAUAAUCCCUAUUUUUCCCGAGGGUACUACAGGUAUCGCUACGGGAACUAUGGGCCUUUUUAACCCUUUAAAGCUGAGGAAUGUCCAAAGGAAAAAUAGGGUAGCAGGGUAGUAGUUGAGAGCUAGGAAUUCCAAGCAGUCUCUGCUCCAGCUGGUCCAGCCGGAGCUGGAGUUGUUUGGAUCUUGUUGUGCUUUAUCCAAGGCUUAGGAUCCCGAUGUUCCCUCCCUUUGUCCCUUGCUCCUGUUGUGUUUUGUACUCCCUGAACCCAAAGAGUCAAACCUGUCAUGGGACUGGGCUGUGAAAGUGUCCUGCUGGAAAAAGAAUGUCUUGGAAUGACUGGAGUCCAGGCUGAAAUGGGAAUGCUGAAAUGGGAAUGUUGAAAUGGGAAUGCUGAAAUGGGAAUGCUGACAUGGGAAUGCUGACGUGGAGGUUCCGUUCUUUGUCUCUGCACUGCCUCAUCCCACUUUUUGUUUGUAUUAAAGCCCUGUUGCAUCACA